GUACAAUUUCUCCUACGUGGGAUCUGAGGUCUUAUCAAAUUGGUGCAUUGUGAACCGGGUCGUUCUCUCGCCGUGUUCGUGUAACUAUGGUGCUCGAGUCUCUGUUGUCACCGAUUCAGUCCGCGGUGUCGCCGGGUUCUGACUCAUAUCCGAUUCUCGAGCUGUUUGAGCGCAUCAACAUGCUCACGACUCAGUUUCAUGAAGAAAGGGUGCGAUCGAAGCAGCUUCACCAGAUGAUAGAGAAGCUCUUACUCCGUCUUCCUCCGGCAGAGGAGCAUCAAGGCUCUCCAACGUCUAGCUCCGUUGAUCGCUCUUGUUCUCUGGAUUUUUGCAAGCAGGUUUUUCCCUCUCAUGCUGAUACUAAACAAGGUGACUUUAACCCUGGAUUUAGGGAUAAUUUGUUAAAGAACUCUGAGAUGUCGGUGUUUGAUGGUGAGCGUAUUUAUGGUUGGCUCUCAUUGGUGAAACGGUAUUUCUGGAUUGGUGGUUUUAAUGACAUGGAGAAGCUGGAUCUGGUCUCCGUUCAUUUGGCUGGUGAUGCUUUGGGAUGGUAUAACUUGGAGGUGAAUAAAGUUCCUUUCUCUAACUGGUUUCACUUCAAGGACCGAUUAUUUUUGCAAUUUGGUAACCUCAGAAUCAUAGGGCUGAGUCAGACUCUCUUAUGUAUCAAGCAGACUGGAUCCAUGGUGGAGUAUGUGUGGCUGUUCGAAGAUAUCUCUGCUCAGGUUUCCGGGUUGGAUGACCACAAACUGGAAGGGAUCUUUUUGAAUGGGUUGCGGCCAUAGACGCAGGAGUUAGUCUACAUGAUGAAACCAUAGAGCUUACCCGAAAUGGUAGCAGUGGCUCUCUCCAUGGAGACUAGCACUUUGCGUAAGGUGAUGCUAAAGGAGUUGCCUAGUGGGGACCCUGAUCCCUCUACUCGGGUGCAGUAGUCGAAGUCGGUGGUGAUGUGGAAAGGGAAGCCGGUUGUAUCGGAUGUGGGUAAGCCUACCGAGAAGCAGAGCUCCAGUGUGUCUCUUCGUCCUCAACGCCACCAUUCCAAUGUAGAUUUGGAUGACAUGCGCCGCAGAGGUUUAUGUUUUAAGUGUCAUGGCAAGUGGUUAUGAGGUCAUGAGUGUCCGAAUAAGGAACUACAAAUCCUUACCGUUCUUGACGAUUAUAUGGUGGAGGUGAUACAAGACCAUCAAGAGGAGGAUGCAUAUGAUAUGGUGAAAGCAGGACAGAGUGUGGAGUUAUCCUACAGCUCGUAUAUGGGGUGGUUUUCUUCUCCUAUGACCACCAAGCUGAAUGGAGUCAUUUCAAAUGGUGAAGUCACGAUGAUCAUCGACAGUGGGGCCUCUCACAACUUCAUCACUCCGGCAAUGGUUAAAUGCUUGAACCUCCAGGAUCAGUCCUCUGGUGACCUGACUAUUGUGUUAGGCACAGGUAUCACAGCCAAGAGGAGUGGCAUUUGUCGUCGGUUAAAGUUUUUGAUGUAGGGUUGGUCGUUUGUGUCUGAAUUUAUCAUUUUGGAGCUUGGUCAAGUGGAUGUCAUUUUGGGGGUUUAUUGGCUUCGCACUUUGGGUGAUUGUAACGUCAACUGGGAAAGACGUGAGCUUUCAUUCCAGUAUCAAGGUGAGCUGGUACGCUUAUUUGGUGAAGUAGACACGCGGGGUUUGUAUGCUACUCUCUAGCUGGCAUAUCCUUUUGCAGAGCCUACUUAGUCUAUGGCUUGUUAUAGUACGACGGUCCUUCACUUGGAGCAAGAGAUUCCUGUAGCAAUAUCCCAGGUGUUGUAGGAGUACGUCCACAUGUUUGAGGAACCCAAGGGGUUACCACCGGUUCGGGGCAGGGAACAUGCAAUUCCACUGGUGAAGGGUGUUAAUGCAGUCAGUGUAAGGCCCUACCGUUAUCCUCACGCUUAGAAGGAGAUCAUGAAGACUUUGGUUGAAGGAAAUGCU